CUAUACCUGUGCGGACCCCGUCCCGGUCCCUCCCCCUCUGGGCCGGGGUGGUGAUCCCGGUCCUCACCCCACAGCCGCACUUGAGGCCACAAUAUACCAAGCCGCAACGAAGGCCGAAGCCUAAAUCUAAGAUGGCGGAGGCCACGCGUGAAAGAGCCCAUCCACAAAGCCCGGAACAGACCGCUGAUCCCAGCUGGACAGACGGGCCAGGAACCCAGCAGCGA